AUUUAACACUCCUUUUAUCGUUAUUGCUUAUGUGUUAAUAAAAAAAAAUGUAAACAAAAGUAAAAUGCAUAAAUGCUUCUAAAAUUACUAAACUUAGAUUACAAAAUUCUUAGUUUUUGGUUUUUACAAUAUUUUUGUGAGAGUAAAGAUCUUUAUUGUGUAAAAGUGAAAACUUUAAGAGAUAUCCACAGAAAGGGGUUUAAAGUAACUUUUCUAUCAUUAAAGGAGAUAUAACAGAUUGGUUUAUAACAUUUUGAAAACCUAAAGCGAUACAGUGAUAAGUUGCUUGUUGUAAUGCAAUACAGAUUCAAAUAUAAAAUGAAAAAAAUGCCAUGGAAAAGUGUAAUUAUUGUUUUAUGCAUGAUAAUCAUUUUAUCAGACAUCGAAGUUCAAGCACUUACCGCAACAUCUAAUUCAACAACAACAUCCCAGUUCAAAGAUAUAAACGAAUGCAGUUACACGUGUAAUUGGACAAACAGCAACUGCACAAAUUUAAACGGAAGUUACAUUUGUUCGUGUGUGAAAGGCUUUCAGUUAGAUGCUAUGAACGCAUCAUGCAUAGAUAUAAAUGAAUGUCAACUAAAAAGUACAGUUUGCCCAAGUUUUUCAGCUUGCGAAAACAAUGUUGGUAGCUAUACUUGCAAAUGUCUUCCAGGCUACUCUCAUAUUGGCCCAUUGAAUACACAAACCGUUUGUAAAAAUUUAUUAACCAAGCAUACCCGAGAAGUACUCACUGUGGUCGAUUAUUUAGUAGUAAAAAAUGCUCAAAGAGGCUGUCGUUCUCUUCAUAAAAAGUGUAUCCCUAAAAACUAACUCGUUUUAAUUUAUAUGUUAAAAUGAUAAACAUUAUUAUUAAACUUGUUAAAAAUAUGUGAUUUAUUGUA